GCCCCGGAGCCAUGGUGCGGCUGUACAACCUGCACCCGUUCGGCUCGCAGCAGGUGGUGCGGUGCCAGCAGGAACCCGAGCGCGUGUGCUGCGGCGGGCAGGAUGCGCUCUUCGUGGCGGCGGGCUGCAAGGUGGAGGCGUUCUCCGUGGAGGCGAGGGCUCCCGAGCCGGCACGGCCGCGCUGCUGCUUCUCCACGCUGGGCCAGGUGCUGCACCUGAGCUACAGCGAGCCCGGAGACUACUUAGUGACAAUUGAGGAGAAAAACAAAGCCACGUUCCUUCGAGCCUACGUGAAUUGGAGAAACAGGACCACCGAAAACUCUCGCGUGUGUAUUCGCAUGGUGGGUUACCGCUUGGAGGGCUGCUUCCGAGAAGCCUCCAAAGACCAGAUGUCCAUCAUUGAGAUCCCUCUGUCCGAACCCCCGCUCUGCGUCUCUUCUUGUCCCGUGACAGGAGAUCUUCUCGUCGGCUGCGUCAAUAAACUGGUGCUAUUUAGUUUAAAAUGGCAGGUCGUCAACAAGGGAGUCUCCAUAUUGGACUUUGAACGCACCUUAGUCAUACACAUAGAGAGCGUUCUCCCCGUAGAAAUUUCAUUUUGUGCUGGAUAUAUUGCAGUAAUGACGGAUCUGGAAGUCUUAAUCCUGCAUUUGGAGACUGCUCCUAAAGAUGAAACAAAUGUUGACCCCUCCCCAUUGACAAAGGACACCCGGGCCAGACAGGCCACCACGGAGGCUGGCAAAAAGAGUGGUGCUUAUACACUAUCAGCUCUUCAGCUCGAGUCGGAGGAUUUUGUUAUUUGUCAGAAACCCUUAGAGCUCCUUGGUGAGGUGAGCAGGCAGUCUGGCCUAUCAGUUACCUUGGAGUCAAUGGGGUUAAAUGACAACAGAGCAAGUCCUUCCUGGGUGCACCCCAUCCUUUACAGACGUUUUACGCCAGAUGUGUCUUCCUAUGUCUUUCCUGAUGACACCAAGUUGCAUUCACUCCAGUUGCUGCCUAUUUACCAAACAGAUGCUGUUACUGCUGAUGGGAAGAGUUCCCCUCAGGAAAAAGAGUUGUUAAGCCUCUUCUGUUUUUUCUCCUUACCUCAUAUUGGGUAUCUCUAUAAGGCCGUUAAAUCAGUGGAAUUAGUGUCGGUCUACCAGUAUCCAGAGAAAUCUCAUCAGGCAGUUCUUACCCCACAAUUCCUGCAUGUUAUCACAAGUAAUAACUUGCAGUGUUUCACGGUCCGAUGCAGUGCGGCGGCUGCAAGGGAUGCGGACCCCUACAUGGAUACCACCCACAAGGCUUGUCCACCUAUUAGUUUGGAUAUCUGUGCCUUAAGAAUGCAGCUCUUCAUUGGACUGAAAGCAAUAUGUCACUUUAAGAAUCAUGUUAUCCUUUUGACCAAAGCGGGUACUGAAGAUAUCCCAGAAAGAAAGAAAAGUCUACUCUCCAGAAAAGAUGGCAGUGUUAAACUCAAGACGCCUUCUGCGAUGGAAGCUGGGUGGAAUUUAUAUAUUGUGAAUACGAUUUCAACUAUGCAACUCUACAAAGAAAUGGUAGACUACAGUAAGACCUACAGGAAUGUAAGAACUCAGAGCUGCAUUCAUCUCCUCAGUGAGGCCCACCUGUUAGUGAGAGCCGCUCUGAUGGACCCCUCUAUCACUGACCCCGGAGAGAAAGAGGAGCUCUUAGAAGCUUUCAGAGAAAGCUGUGGGCACCUGGGAGACUGUUACAGCAGACUUGAUACUCAGUAUUCUCAUCUGGCCCUGCCUUAUUAUAAGAUGUCUGGUUUAUCUAUGACUGACGUCUUGACCAGGAUAGACUCAGUAGUAGAAGAUGGAUCACAGAACCCUGAGAGAGGUUUACUCUUCUACAUAAACCAUUCCCUUCAUGAGAAUGUGGACGAAGAAUUAAGUGAAGUAUUAGCCGCAAAAGUGAGCCAGAUAGUUAGUGCUGUUGAGCCCAAACAGCUGCCCCACGCUCUCUGCAGCCCAUGCAUGAAGAAUAUAGAUCCUUUAAUUGCCAUGAACUGCUUGAAAAAGCUGAAUACAUCUGGGCUGUCCUCUGUCCUAGUGACAUUGACCAAGGCAGCGAUGGCUCUGAAAAUGGGCGAUCUGAACACAUGCAAGAAUGAGGUGAAGUGCCAUACGGAGAUGGAGUUGGUGUGUGGCUUUAUUUUGGAACCCCGACUGUUGAUCCAACAGAAAAAGGGGCAGGUUAUACCAACAGAGUUCGCAGCUCACCUCAAGGAGACUCAGCCAGGAUUGCUCGUGGCUGCCAUACUGGGCUUACAGAAAAACAGCAAAAUGGAAACAGAAGAAGCCGACACCUUCUUCAAGGUGCUUUGCGGCAAGGAUGAAGAUGUCAUUCCUCAGCUCUUGGUAGACUUCUGGGAAGCCCAAUUGGUAGCAUCCGUCCCUGAGAUAGUACUCCAGGAACUUUUCUUCAAGCUUUUGUCUCAGUAUAUCUGGAGACUCUCCCAGAGACAGCCCCCAGACACCAAACCACUGAGAAAUCCAGAAGACCUGAUCAACUCCUGCAGUCAUUAUGGUUUAAUUUAUCCCUGGGUUAACUUCUUAAUAUCAUCAGACUCCUUACAUGAUCAAAAUUAUGCAGAAGACCUUUCUAAAUUACAGUCUCUGAUAUGUGGUCCUUCAUUUGACGUAGCUUCCGUUUUGCCUUUCUUGGAACCGUUGUCGGAGGACACAAGUGCGGGCCUCAGCGUCCACAUCCUCUGUCUCACCCGCCUGAAAGAGCAUGAGCAGGCCAUAAACUCGCUGCUGGACAGAUGCCCUGAGGCCGUCAUCCCCUAUGCCCACCAUGAACUGAAGGAAGAAGGCCCUCGGGCUUUAUGGUGGAAAAAACUGCUCCCUGACCUUUGCCAACGAAUAAGACAGGGUGGGGAGAAGUAUGAAGUGCACCUCUCGUCUUUGAAAGAAACGUUAUCUGUUGUUGCCACCGAGUUGGAACUAAGGGAUUUCUUGAAUGUCCUACCAGAAGAUGGAACAGUAGCAUUCUUCCUACCAUAUCUUCUUUAUAGCAGUAGAAAAAAAUCCAUAACUUGAAUACAACAGCAAGGUAUUAUGGAUGGGGAAAAAAAUGCCACCGAAGUAUGGAGAACCCAACAGAAAAUUAAGCAAUCAAAUGAAUGGGUCUCAAGUAGAGAAAUUGCAAAUAAAGGACUGUAUGGACUCAAUUUUCCUACUAACUAUAUGUAUUCCAGACACUUGCAGGAUUUAAGUGGCGAUACUAGUCUCUAAAUUUUUAGUGACUUAAACCAGUUAAGUUUGUAGCGUGAAAAAGCUUUAAGAAAGAGGAAUACUGUAAAGAAGCCAUAUUUCAAUAACGCCAGAGGACUGAUUUUUAUGGACAGAACUGUUACCAUCUUGAACUCACAGCUGGAAGCAUGACAAUCUUUUUUAGCCUCAGGAAUGCAUAAAGAAAACUUUUUUUUUUUUUUACAACAAUAUUGAAAAUUCCUGGUUUUCCAGAGCUUCAUUGUUUUCCAUCAUGUUCUGAGACAGAUUGUAGGAAAGGAGGAAACUCUGUGCAGGCCUCAAAUUUCCGGACUACUAUUUUUUCUAAUUCUCUUACAAGUUGUGAAGAAGAAUAUAAAGUUUUGUGGCCAUCUAAGUUUGCCAACCUCUUUUCUUUGAGAAAUGGGAGAUAGUAUCAUCAGUUUCUAGUUGAGUGUCAAUUAAAGAGCUUACAAAGCCACCGGCCAUCUCAUCUGGCUGGUCACAUGCGGUUUGUUGAUAUGUUUUCAUCGAAGGCUUUUAGUGACAGAAUCCAUGUAAAAUAAAUAAAUACUGUAUAAACAA